AUGGCGGUUUAUCUCUCCCUGCCUAUCCUCAACGAACUCGUUCGAUUUGUUGAAAAUGACUCCACCUAUGAAGACUCCGUGAAGGCAAUGGCUUCUGGGAUUCUCAACUACUACUUUCCGGCGGCCAAUGGCUACACGGUUGCACCAGAACAAAACCGAAACAACAACUACACCGACUUCAUCAUUCUUCGUAUCCAACGUCGGUUCCCUGGAGACAGAGGUGUCAUUGAUCAUACAUUUGCCGAAGCGAAACGCGCAAGUGAUAGCCUACAGGCGUCGUUAGAACAACUUGAGAAUGCCCUUGAGCAUGCCAACACUCAAUUUGGAAGAUGUUGGGCGAUUAUGAUUCAUGGGAUCAAUUUCAAGUUCUACGAAUAUCAUCGAAACCUACCUGAGCACGCACGUCUUAUCCCGUGGGGCCCUCCCAACCAACGCCAACCACGGAACUCAUUCCAUGCGCGCAAUGAUAGUGUUGAAGUUGAUUGGAUGCUGAGACAUAUGGCACAAAAUGAUACUCCGCCCGCCCGUUAA